AAUUCGUAGAGUAGCAUUCACUGAAUACACUCGUAACGUCAAAUCUUACCGUUUCGUACAAUUUUUCUACGACAACGUUAGACUAACGGACAAAAAUUAGAAGUAGUAAUAAAAAGAAAAUUUAAAAGGAGAAAAAUACGAAAGCUGUAAAAUGUACAAAGUUGUAACAACACGUCAGCAGUAUGCCAGUUUGUUGGAGCUUAUAAAGGAAAAGCCAGAAAUUGCUCAGGGGUUCUCCAAAUGCUCGAAGGAAGAGGUAGCCGAGUUUUGGCAAAAUGUUGCGAAGCAGCUUAACAGCAUAGGCCCACCAACCAAAGAUGUAUCAAGCUGGAAAAAGGUGUGGUUAGAUUGGAAGGCUUAUAUAAAGCGAAAAUUGUCAGAAAACAAGAGGGAGCAAACAACAACGGGCGGUGGCCGGUAUAAGCAGCACCACUUUAAUGAGAUGGAAGAAGAAGUAAUCAGACUGACUGCUUUAGAGACCAGCACACACGGUAUCCCAGGCACAGUAAGUGUGGGACUACCUGCUACUGUCGAGGCAGAGAAUAGUGGACCCGAUCCGGACGUAUCCAUGCUGUCGGAUAACUGCAGCCCUUCUUUCACGAGACGUGCACCAACUGUCCAAAAGCGAGUCGGUACAAGUACUGCAGAUCUUCUAAAAGAGCAGCUAGCGCUUCAAAAGGACUUCCAAGCAAAGAGUCUUCAACAUUUUGAACAGCAAGAUAUGAAGCUAGACAAUCUCGCUUCGACUAUGCAGAGAAUGUGUUCGGCACUGGAAAAAAUGUGCGACCUGAAAGCCGCCGACCUGGAAGAAACGCGUAGGCACCAUAGAAGCAUGGAGUGCUUGAAUGCGUCCAAAAAUGAAAUAAAACAACAAAUGUUAGAAGUCGAGAAGAAGAGCCUCGAAGCGUUGUCAAAAAAAAAAUAA